AUGCCUGCCUCCGUUGCGUCAGAAGAAACCUCAACCAAGCCAGAUGACUCUGGAAUUGAUAUUCUCGCUCUCAAAGAGCUUGCAAAGCGGUCCCUGCUUGAAGCCUUGAACUCAAUAAGUGGUGCAAAGACUCUCGUACUUGACCCAUCAUUGGUUGGCCCUUUGGGUCUCGUCACAGAGGUUUCGUUCUUAAAGCAAAAUGGAUUGGACAAGAUGUUUUGGCUAGAAUCAGGACCUCUGAACGCGGCGACGUCCAAUAUUGUCUACCUAUGCCGACCGAAGAUCAAGUUUGCAAAGAUCAUAGCAGACCAUAUCAAGAAGCAUACUACUGCGGGCGACAAGCACAUUUACAGCCUCAUUCUGACGCCACGCACCUCGACGCUCAUCGCUCAGAUAUUAGAAGAGGAAGGUGUACUCGGAGAGAUCUCGAUACUCCCGUUUAAUCUGCAAUUCAUACCACUGGAGGAAGAUCUGUUAUCUCUCGAGCAUGAAGAAGCAUUCAAAGAAAUCUGGCUGGAGGGAGACGAGACCUCCCUCUACAACUCUGCCCAGGCUUUGUUGACUCUUCAACGGUUGUAUGGUCUCUUCCCGCGGAUCAUGGGUAAAGGGGAGCAUGCAGAGAGGCUUGCUAAGCUUUUGAUGAGACUCAAUGCACAACAAUUACCUGCGCCAGGGGUACCAACAUUUCAAGGGCUAUCAGAAAAGCUGGAUUCACUCGUUAUCAUUGAGCGACGAGUUGAUAUGGUAACUCCCAUGCUUACCCAAUUGACAUACGAGGGCCUCAUAGACGAAUUUAUCGGCGUAUCCAAUACAUAUGUUGAGCUACCUGCAAACAUUGUCUCACCACCCUCUGCCAAUGCGAACACGACACAGGCACCUGCCUUGGCGACAACUCCAGUGCAAGCAGAGAAGAAGAAAAAAUAUCAGCUGUCCAGUUCAUCUGAUCCACUCUUUGGAGAGCUGCGAGAUCUCAACUUUGCUGCCCUUGGUGCAACUCUCAGCACUAUCGCCCGGCGUCUGAGCAGCGACUAUGAAAGUCGACAUAAUGCUCAAACAGUAGCACAGCUCAAAGAAUUUGUCGGAAAGCUCGGAUCUUUGCAGUCUGAACAACAAGCAUUACGGCUACAUACCGACCUCGCAGAGAUGAUCAUGCCCUACACGAGAACACAGAUCUUCAAUUCAACCCUUGAAAUUCAGCAAAAUAUACUUGCGUCUUAUGAUAUCCCUGGGCAGCUUACUGCCCUCGAGGAUCUGAUAGCGCAAGGAGCAGACAAGAGAGGAAUUUUACGCAUCCUUGUGCUUUCUAGCCUGAUUUCUGGUGGCAUAAAGACGAAGCAACUAGAGAAUCUAAAGCGAGAGUUUCUUCAGGCGUAUGGAUACGAGUUGCUACCAGCACUUCUCGCACUUGAAACCCUCCAAUUACUUCAAUCAAAUCCACUCCCACCAUCUCAAACGCAUGCUCAGUCUCUCCGGCUGCCGUUCGCCGCCUUACGCAAACAGCUUCGAUUGCUCAUUCCAGAGUCAGAAGGUGGCAGUGACGCAGCACCAACGGACAUCUCGUAUGUCUAUUCUGGCUAUGCUCCCCUGUCAGUUCGCCUGGUUCAGUGUGUGGCACAAAUGAACGGCGUACUCGCUAGCCUAGGAAGUGGACAGGAGGGUGCAAAAGGAAAGGCCAAAGCAGACAUCAAAGAUCCUGCAGAGUUGCCCAAAAUGAACGCACACCCCAUUGUGGGCUGGAAAGGCUUUGAAGAAGUGAUCACUACAAUCCCGGGGCCGACCGUCGAUAUACAACAGGGCGAGAAUGUCACAAAUCCUGGACAAACGAGUAAGAUAUUGGCCCUUUUCGGUGUACCAGGACUCAUCUUGGCUUCAGUGUUUGGAAAUGAGCAUACAUCGACGACGACUGUUGUCUUCUUCUUGGGAGGAUGUACGUUUACCGAGAUAUCCGCUCUUCGCUGGAUGGGAAAGCAUAUCAAAGGCGAGUUUGACACGUCUGGCUUGGCGAAACUAGAACGUUAUUCAGGGCGACGUUUUGUGAUUGCGACGACUGGAGUCAUUAGCGGGAACAGUAUCGUGGACUCACUGCUUCCUAAAGUCAAGGUGCCGGCCCCGGUGGCCGGAGGAGCGUCAUAG